UGAUGACCUGAGGGAGGCUUAACUGACUGAGGCACCCAGGCACCCCUGUACUUUUUAUUUUUUUAAUUCUGUCCUGCUUAAAACUGUGACCUUAUGCUUUGGGUUCAAAUUUCUUUCAGAACACUCCCAUCAGUGACAUUUCUGCCUCAUUCCCUAAUUUGAGAUAUAGUCUAAGGUUCAGUUUUCCACCCUGUUUACUUGCCUUCAGGUCUCAUCCACUGUUGUGCUAAGAUGCUCAAGAAAUGCUUGUUGAGUACUUAGUACACAGAGUGGGCAGGCGCAGCAAUGCCCUAAAUUGUCUUCUGUCCUGACUUCAAAACCCUCUAGUCCACAUGAAAAGGAAAUCUAGACUUGUGUCACAAUGAUUCGGGGCUCCAUCAUAAAAUACCUGAACCAAUUCACUGUCUUUGAAGGUGCAACUGGCAAAACCACGGUGGAACUUAUGCAUUAAACCAAAGUUCUGAAUCUCAGAUAACAGGUCUAAGAUCUUCAGCUGCUGACAGAACAUUGUUUGGAAAUGCCAUAAUUCCCUCAGUCAACAUAAUAAAAUCCAUCUGAUUUUUUCACCUCCCCCUUCAACUGUUUACCUUCAUCAGUCACAAGAGCCUGUCCAGUUUUCCUUUACAGUCACUGCCACUAUAUUAAUCCAGGCUCUCAUCACCUGGGACCUGGACUAUUCUUAGUCUCCUAAUUUGAGUCCCUGCCUCCAGCUCCAAGGGAAUCCAUAUUAUCUCAAGAUACAAUCUUCAUCUUAUUGCAUCCCUACUCAUAAUUUUCACUAACUCCCAAUUACCUGCAGAGUUGAACUGGUAUUCCCAAUUUGUAUCCGGCCUCUUUAAUUCAUGGUAUGGGAAAUGCCAAGGGGGCCUACUAGGCAGUUGGGCCCUUCCUUCUGAGACAUCACCUAUUUUGCCGCUGCAAAGUAUGACGCCCAUAUCUCCUGUCCCUGAAACGCCCCAGGAAGCUCCUGGUCUACAAUACCUAGUCCCCUGCACGCCUAUACCUUUUAAUUAGUUCAGCCAACAGCUUUUGGCCACCAGUUGUUGCUGGGGUGUAGUGUGUUGCCGUUAUUUACGGCCUCAGUUGCUAUUUACCUUUUCAAUUAGGAUUCCACUGAGAGCUUCUGGAGCUAGCUAGUACCAGGUCUUCUACACGUCAACAAAUAAUGAAUUAGUAUUUUCCCUUUUCGCGGGGGCUGUUCCCGGAGCCUCGCUCAAGUUGAAUAGGCCAGGACUUAGUAGUCGCAGGAUCUGACCCACAUGGUAGAAAUGCGCAAUCACAGGACAGGUGAGGGAGCCCGGAGUAAAAGCGAGAAUCCUAUUAGAUCCUUCGCUGGUCGGCCGGCUUCUCUACCCCGAGCUCCGCGCACGCGGUGCCCUGCGAGGACUACUUUUGGCCUUCGGCAGCCGCCGUCCGCAACGCCCAGUUGAGCCGAAAGGCCCCCUGAGGAUAUCGGCUGUGGCUGCGCCGCGCUACCCUGACCUGGCUCCCGGAGCAGGUUUCUGUUUUCAGUAGGCUGAGGGCCAUGUCAGUUUUCUGCCACACACAGGACCGGCCAUGAAGCUAAAAGAACUUGAACGGCCAGCUGUCCAAGCGUGGAGCCCAGCCAGCCAGUACCCUGUGUAUCUGGCCACAGGAACAUCUGCCCAGCAGUUAGAUGCCUCCUUUAGCACAAAUGGCACAUUGGAAAUCUUUGAGAUUGAUUUCAGGGACCCCUCUUUGGACUUGAAACACAAGGGAGUCCUUUCUGCCUCAAGCAGGUUUUACAAGCUGAUCUGGGGGAGCUUUGGCGAUGGGCUUCCGGAAGGCUCCGGGGUCGUUGCAGGUGGCGGGGACAAUGGCCUGCUUACUCUAUACAAUGUGACCCACAUCCUGUCUUCUGGGAAGGACCCUGUGAUUGCCCAGAGACAGAAGCACACAGGGGCUGUCAGAGCCCUUGACUUUAAUCCUUUCCAGGGCAACCUCCUGGCCUCGGGGGCCAGUGAUUCUGAAAUCUUUAUUUGGGAUUUGAAUAACUUAAAUGUGCCAAUGACCCCAGGAUCUAAGUCACAGCAGCCUCCAGAAGACAUCAAGGCACUGGCUUGGAACCGGCAAGUUCAACACAUUCUGUCUUCUGCUCACCCCAGUGGCAAGGCAGUUGUGUGGGAUCUCAGGAAGAAUGAACCUAUCAUCAAAGUCAGCGAUCAUAGCAACAGGAUGCACAGCUCAGGCCUGGCCUGGCACCCAGACAUAGCCACCCAGUUGGUGCUGUGUUCAGAAGAUGAUCGUUUUCCAGUGAUUCAGCUGUGGGAUUUGCGCUUUGCCUCCUCGCCCCUGAAAGUGCUGGAGAGCCACAGCAGGGGGAUCUUGUCAGUGUCGUGGAGCCAGGCUGAUGCUGAGCUUCUGCUCAGUAGUGCCAAGGACAACCAGAUCUUGUGUUGGAACCUGGGGAGCAAUGAGGUAGUAUAUAAGCUAUGCACACAGAGCAGCUGGUGCUUUGAUGUGCAGUGGUGCCCUCGGGACCCUCCAGUGUUCUCUGCUGCCUCCUUUGACGGCUGGAUCAGUUUGUACUCCGUGAUGGGUAGGAGCUGGGAAGUCCAGCAGAUGAGACAGGCUGACAAGAUCUCUUCUUCCUUUGGCAAAGGCCAGCCUCUCCCACUGCUGCAGGUACCAGAGCAAGUGGCCCAAGCAUCAUUGAUACCUCCUCUAAAAAAACCCCCCAAAUGGAUGAGAAGGCCAGCAGGUGUUUCAUUUGCUUUUGGAGGGAAGCUGGUUACCUUUGGCCUCCCCAGCACCCCUGCCCAUCAGGUGCCACAGCCUUGCCUCCGCCUAGUCUUCAUCAGUCAAGUCAUCACAGAAUCUGAAUUACUGAGGCGGUCAGCUGAGCUGUGGGAGGCCCUGGAAUCAGGAAAUCUUCUGAAUUAUUGUCAGAACAAGAUCGAACAAACAUCACUGCAAAGUGAAAAGAUGCUCUGGCAAUUCCUGAAGGUGACCUUAGAGGAAGACUCCAGAAUGAAAUUUCUAAAACUAUUAGGAUACAGUAAAGAUGAGUUCCAGGAGAAGGUGGCCACGGGUUUGAAGAGUGACUUGGGGCUGGGUGACAGCCCUCAGGCCAAGGGACAUGAUCUCCACAGUAACAGACAGCAGGCUUUCUGCAGCCAGACCUCCGAACACAUCACAGAGGAAGCCUCUGCCUCCUCAUCCUUCUUUGAUGAGCUGGUCCCUCAGAAUAUGACUCCAUGGGAGAUCCCCAUCACAGAAGACACUGAUGGACUCCUGAGCCAGGCUCUCCUGCUUGGAGAACUACGCCCUGCUGUGGAGCUGUGUCUGAAAGAAGAGCGCUUUGCUGAUGCCAUCAUCCUGGCCCAGGCUGGGGGCGCAGAUCUGCUAAAGCAAACACAGGAGUGCUACUGGGCCAAGAAGAAAACCAGAAUCUCUUCGCUGCUAGCCUGUGUUGUACGGAAGAAUUGGGAGGAAAUGGUUUCUGCCUGUAGCCUGCAGAACUGGAAAGAGGCACUGGCCUUGCUACUGACAUACUCUGGGCCAGAGAAAUUCCCUGAGCUCUGUGACAUGCUGGGUACUCGCAUGGAGCAGGAGGGUGGCAGAGCACUAAUCUCCGAAGCCAGACUCUGUUAUGUGUGCUCAGGCAGUGUGGAGCAGCUGGUGGAGUGUUGGGCAAAAUGCCACCAGGCUUCAUCCCCCCUGGCUCUACAGGACCUGAUGGAGAAGGUGAUGGUCCUUAAUAGGAGCUUGGAGCUACUGCGGGGUCCUGACGGGGUGAGCUCAGGCCCUGCCACAACCUGCAGGGUCACUCAGUAUGCCAACCUCCUGGCAGCCCAGGGCAGCCUGGCCACUGCCAUGGGCUACCUACCCAGUGACUGUACUCAGCCACCAAUUCAGCAGCUGAGAGAUCGACUUUUUCAUGCCCAAGGUUCUGGUGUCUUGGGCCAACAGUGUCCUCCUUUCCCCUUCCCACGGGUUGUUGUGGGAGCUACCCCCCACUCUAAAACAUCUUACAGAUUGGAAUUCCGGCCUUCUUACCAGGUUCCAACUCCAUCUCCAAGGCCAAGGAUUUUCACACCUCAGUCAUCACUGGUGACACCCUUGAUACCUUCCCAUCCUGGCCCUUAUCAAAGCUUCCAAACACAGAAUAUAAAUGAUUACAGGGUACCUAAGCCCCAGGCGGCCCAGCCUUUGCCUUUGGGCCCUGGUGUAAGGCCUGCUUUAUUUGAGCCACUGCUGUUAAGAGGGCAAAAAGCCCAAGUUCCUAACCCCCUGGGGUUCCCUGGAACAUGGCCUCUUCCUGGUCCACCUCCACCCGUGGUACCCCCAGAUGUCAUACAGCCUGGCUCUACCUCCCUGGCCGAGACUACUCGACUGUUCUCUCCACUUCCUGUGAGACUACCAGGGGUCAGCCCUACAAGCUUCCGGUCCCUAGCCCCUCCUGUCAAUUUCUCUGCAACACACCCUCCAGGAGGGCCAGGUGCUACAUGCUGUAGUGCACUCCCAACCACCGGCCCCUCGACUGCUCACCCAGGACCUCAAGAUUCCUUGAAAAAUGCCCCAGUGCCCAGGGCAGACCUCCAGAGGAAAAAGUUGCCAGAGACAUUUAUGCACCCGGCACCGAUUACUGCUCCAGUUAUGAGCCUCACCCCUGAGCCACGAGGGGUCCUUUCCUCACAGCCUUCUGUCCUUGGUGUGGGCCAUGCUCCCCCAGGAGCUCCAGGAGAAUUCAGCCUGCAGCAACUUCAGCAGCGGCCCCCUGGGAAGGUGGAAAGGAAAGAGCUGUCUCCAGAGCAUCAGUCCCUGAAGACCAGCUUUGAGAAGCUUCUGCAACGCUGCUCCCUGUUUGCCACUGAUAUGAAGACAAAACGGAAGCUGGAUAAGGCAGCCCAACGUCUAGAAUGUCUAUAUGCUAAGCUCUGCCAGGGCACACUCUCACCUCAUGUCCUGGCUGGGCUCCAUGAGGUUGCCCGAUGUGUGGACGCAGGAGACUUUGAGCAGGGCCUUGCGGUGCAUGCCCAGGUGGUGGGCUGCAGCAGCUUCAGCGAGGUCUCCAGCUUCAUGCUUGUCCUGAAGGCUGUCCUCACCAUUGCUCAUAAGCUGCACAUGUAAACCAGGUAGCCUCUUUUGCCAGGAGGCUACUUCUGCUGUUACUUUACUCCUCCCUGCAGAAAAGGGGGAAUUUCGGAAUAGAUUCUGUUUGUUUUUCCCCACGCUCUUCCCUUGCUGCCAGGGAUAUGAUGCUGUGGGCUUGCCUGUGAACUAGCAGAGUGCCUGCUUUCCACGCCUUUAUGCCUGGCCUUCUAGAAUCCACCCAAGGCUCUCUCAGCCUCUGAGGCAGAGCAGAGAGCUGGUUCUUCACUUUCCCUGAUACUGUACUCUGACAGGACCCAGAGCAGGGCAUCUUCUCCCCCAGGGAUAUUCUGAUUAAGUGGCUUCUGAGGGGGUGAGCAGGAUCAUUACCUCCAAGUCUACCUCUUCUGUACCCAGCUUGUGGGGCUUUUGUUUUUCCCCUUCCGUGGGUGAUGAGCCGGACAUUACCUUCUCCUUGCCUCUGACUUCGUAUUUCCAGGUCCUUUUUUCUCUGAGCCCUGGAGGCUGGGGUAGAGUUGACUGUUGUUCAUCUUUUGAACAAGUCAUGGACAUGAGGGGUGGGUGCUGAGCAGAACCAAAAGGAGGAACUUUGGCCCUUUUUACAAGGAGCUAUUCAUCUGCCAGUAUUAUAAGGGUGGGCUCGGCUAGGCGGAAAAUAGAAGAGGUGCACUGCCUUUUGCUGGGAGCUGUCCUAGGCUGGGAAACAGGAGGAGAGGGACCACUGCCUGCAGGGAAUGGUCCUGACUUGAACUGUCGGGCCCCUGGCACAUGGCCCUCGACCAUUCAUUCUGUGAUCAUCAGCCCAGUUCUGGAAUAGGAGCCGUAUUAACAAAAGACUUUUCUAGCCCUGCUCCUCAAGGGUUGGAGGCCCUUCUCCUCAGCCCCUACAUGUCUCAGGGCUGCCUUCUUUGGCUGCACUUUUCAUGGUUGAACUUUGCAUUUGAAGCACUGAUGUACGUAAUGGGCAAUAAAGCUGCUUUGAUUUGGUUUUCUCA